UUGCUAUUUUUACAGGAGCGUUUGUGGAAAUCUCAUGUAAUAGCAAAUACUCGUGUAUCCUACAACGAAAAGGAGCUGCUGCAGUUGAUACAUGACCACCUUGUCCGGAAGGGCCUUCACUCAACGGCAGAACAGCUCGUUGCCGAAGCGGAAUUACCUCAGGUUCCAGCAAGAUCUGUAGCAUUUCCCCAACGUUUACAACUUCGAACUUCAACGUCGUCGAACACAAAAAUGACCGCAAUCGGCAAAGAAGAAGUUCGUCCAUACAAAGGGCUAGAUGACAUUGUUACUGAAUACUUCAGGGUGCAACACUCAAAGUGCUCUCACCCAGUCACGACAUGUCCACCAUUUUCGCUUUUUUAUCCUCAUCGCUGUCCUGAACCGCGUAAUGUUGGAUCGGUCCCCAUGAAUAUUGUUACACGUUUUGCCACUAGAGACAUAUUACCGUACAAUACGUGGACAAACGUGCAGUCGAAGAAUGAGAGCUAUGUGUUCAGUCGAUUCCGCCCAUCAAGAACAAUAACGGAGCAUGAAGAAAUGUAUACUAGCUGUGCAUUCUCUAUCGAUGAUGAGCAUUUAAUUGUUGGUACUUUCACCGGUGAAGUGCAUUGGUUGAAUAUUGAAACAGGAGCAGAAGAGUCGCAUACAGUUUGUCACUCAAGUGGGAUUACUUCCAUUGUUCCCAGUAACGACGGCAAUUUUCUGCUCACAUCGUCGGCUUAUAUUACACCUCUAUCUGCGCUUUGGAAACUGGGAGAUCAGCAAGAAUAUGCUUUGGGUAUACCUGAUGAAUACUUUGUACAAUUUUCAAAUCUUUCAAGUGAGAAAAUAAUUGGAACAAGUGAUGUUGUCGGAACGAUGUAUGAUACCGAAACGGGUCGUGUGUUGUGGAAGUUUCGCCGUGAUUCCUGUCCAACCGGGUACAGCCAUAAUCGUGCAUCAUUUUCCCCAUGCGACACGAUGGUCCUGAACGACGGAGUGCUUUACGAUGUUCGUGGUCCGGUUGUUCACACAUUCGACCAGCUUAACACAACAGGUUGCAGUGUGUUUCAUCCACAGGGGAACGAAAUAAUCAUCAAUACCGAAGUGUGGGAUACUCGAACAUACCGCUUACUACAUCUGAUUCCCGCACUGGAGCAAUGUAAACUUGUUUUCAACAGCACAGGAAAAGUUGUUUAUGCCGCUAUGUAUUCCGAUUGUGCUGAUGUAUUCCGGAACACGUAUUGCGCAUCAUUCCGAACUUUUGACACCUUCGACUACUCUGUGAUUGCUACAGUAGAUACAAAACGACCUCUGCUAGAUAUCUCGUGUGAUCACUCCGAUCAUUACGUUGCUGUGGUAGAGCGCAUGAGUGAAGGAGAAGUAGAGUAUAUGCUUAGCAAUGAGAAGACAAUAGUACGAGCUUACGAAGUUGGCAAGCGACGAGAUGCUGAAGAUGAUGACAUUGAUGAGGUUGAAGAUGAAGAGGGAUCGGAUAGUGGUCAUGAUAGCGACUCUUUGGGAGAUGAAAUGGACGACGGAGAAGAGGAUGAAGAUGACAGCGAUGAUGAUGAUGAUGAUGACGAUGAUGAUGAUGAUGAGACGGGCGUAUUCGAAGCGAUUGGAAGGCUCGAAGCCGGUUCGGAGAGCUCAAGCAACAGUGAAAGCGAUGGCAGUGGUUGGGAAACGGCGUCUAAUCCGAAUGACCCAGCUGAGGACGCCGUUGAACAAAGUAAUGGAGAGCAAAACGACGAGGAAAUGAAUUCUCGACAGAGUGAUGAGAGUGGCGCUGCUAACGGAAAUGACUAUCUUCUCCAGUGA